AGCAAAAAAAUAUUGUCUCCUUGUCAAUCAAUGGCUUGGUACGAAUGCUUUAUCUCAAAUUUCAAAACCAACAAAGAUACCCACGUCCUCCAUUGAUGCUCUGCAACGCUGCAAAUUUCUCUACUUCAAUCAUUGGUAUUCUUUUAUUUGGCCUGUAGUUUCUUACUUUGGUUGGUGAUUACCGGAGGAAGGAAGCGAUAUUUAUUCGGAACUCGGAAUUUCUUAGGUUGAUGGGGGGUAGUAGUUCGAAGGAGGGAAAUUGGAGGCAGAGUUCAUCAUAUCAUUCGAAUCCAUCUUCAUGGGAUUCUGAUCAAGGGUAUCCUCGGACAUCAUAUGGACAAGAAAGCCAUACUUAUGCGCAUCAGUAUAGCUAUGCAUCCCCACAAUAUUAUCCACCUUCACAACCCGAAUCGCAGUACUAUCCACCUCCUCAACCCGAGCUGCAGUAUUAUCCACCUUCACAAGAUCGUGGAAGUGAUAAAAAGAGGCUACAAAGGAGGUAUUCCAGAAUUGCUGACAAUUACAACUCCUUAGAUCAGGUAACUGAGGCACUUGCUAAUGCUGGUCUUGAGUCUUCUAAUCUCAUUGUCGGUAUCGAUUUAACAAAGAGCAACGAGUGGACAGGGAAAAAAUCAUUCAAUAGAAGAAGUUUGCACCACAUUGGCGAUGAUCCAAAUCCCUAUGAACAAGCAAUAUCAAUAAUUGGAAAGACAUUAGCUUCCUUUGACGAGGACAAUUUGAUACCUUGUUUCGGAUUUGGUGAUGCUUCAACACAUGAUCAGGAUGUCUUCAGUUUCUAUCCAGAUGAGAGAUUUUGUAAUGGAUUUGAGGAAGUCUUGAGCCGCUAUAGAGAACUUGUACCUCAUCUACGACUUGCAGGCCCUACAUCAUUUGCUCCAAUCAUUGAAAUGGCUAUGACCAUUGUUGAGCAGAGCAGUGGCCAGUACCACGUCUUAGUGAUAAUCGCGGAUGGGCAGGUAACUCGAAGCGUUGAUACUCAGCGUGGCCAACUAAGUCCACAGGAGCAGAAGACUGUCGAUGCCAUAGUGCAAGCAAGCAAGCUUCCUCUGUCAAUUGUAUUGGUUGGUGUUGGAGACGGACCUUGGGACAUGAUGGAGGAGUUUGAUGAUAACAUUCCUGCCCGAGCAUUUGAUAAUUUUCAGUUUGUGAAUUUCACAGAGAUCAUGUCAAAGAACAUAGCCCUGUCACGAAAGGAGACAGAAUUUGCUUUGUCUGCUUUAAUGGAGAUUCCUUCACAAUACAAAGCAACCAUCGAGCUUAAUAUUCUCGGUGGUCGAAAGGGAAAUAUUCCCGAGAGAGUUCCAUUAGUACCUCCUACAUAUGGUGCACCAUCUUUCAACACCUUGAAACCUUCCCGUUCUGCCGCUUUCCAAUAUGGUUACAUAUCUUUCAGCAGCCCAAAACCACCUCCACCUACCAGCUUCAAACCAAGCGUCCCUCCUUAUCCUGAAGAUACUAGUCCUGUCAACUCUGCUUCACCAGCUCCAAGUUCUACUUACGAUAGCCAGGUUUGUCCCAUUUGCUUAAGUGACCCAAAAGACAUGGCAUUUGGAUGUGGACAUCAGACUUGUGAAGAAUGUGCGAAAGACCUCGAAACUUGCCCGAUUUGUCGAAGUGAAAUUCAAACCAAAAUAAAGCUCUACUUGUGAUUUUUUUCUUGAAAAAGAAAACUAUACUUCCUCAUGAUCUUUUUUA